AUGGGAACUGUCGUUGAUGCUGCAAACAAGGAAGCAAAUGGCAGCGAUGUCGAUCAAGUUAUUGAUAUUCUUUGUUGUCUUGUGGAUACGGGUGGCCCUGGCAGUGGUAAGGGAACUCAGUGUGCAAAUAUUGUAGAACACUUUGGAUACACCCAUCUCAGUGCUGGUGAUCUUCUCCGUGCAGAAAUAAAAUCUGGUUCUGAAAAUGGGACAAUGAUUCAGAACAUGAUUAAGGAGGGAAAAAUUGUACCAUCAGAGGUGACAAUUAAGCUACUCCAACGAGCAAUGCAGGAAAAUGGCAACGACAAAUUUCUUAUAGAUGGCUUCCCUCGUAAUGAGGAGAACCGUGCUAACUUUGAGUCUGUUACUGGAAUUGAGCCAGAAUUUGUGCUUUUCUUUGAUUGUUCAGAAGAAGAAAUGGAGAAACGCCUGUUGAACAGGAACCAGGGUAGAGAAGAUGAUAACAUUGAGACAAUAAGGAAGCGAUUUAAGGUUUACAUGGAAUCCAGUCUUCCCGUGAUUGAAUAUUACGACUCCAAAGGGAAGGUUCGAAAGAUUGAUGCUGCACAACCCGUUGAAGAAGUUUUCGAGGCAGUCAAAGCUGUUUUUACCCCAUCAACUGACAAGGUUGAUGCUUAA